AGAUUAUUUUGUUUUGAUCAGACUCGAAGUUAAACGAGAAAAUAUUUAAUCAAAUAAAUAUGCCGGGAGGAUAUGCAAGAAAACGAAUGCAUGAUGGUCACACAAGACUUCGUAGGAGAUUGAGACUCCGUAGAAAAACAAAAGAUUUAGAUCAGAUUGACCAUGACUUGAAAAAUAAAUCAGAUCAUCUGUUGAAUCAAGACGUUGACCUUGAUCAGCCAGGAUUUGCACAAAAUUAUUGUCUUCACUGCGCUAAAUAUUUCAUCAAUGAACGAGCACUGAGCGAUCAUUUCAAAACGAAAGUUCAUAAACGACGAUUAAAAGCUCUACAAGAUGAACCUUACACAGAAAAAGAAGCUGAUUUAGCAGCAGGUAAAGGAUCAUACAUUGGCACUCCUGCUAAACGAAAGAUGGAAACUCAACCGUCAAAAGAAGAAUAUUCAGAAGGAAAAAGAGUCAAAGUGGUAAAUUACACUCCAGAAGAGUUGGAGAAUAUGAAAAAGAAGAAACGAAAGUCGAUGAAUUCAAGCAAUCAGUUGGAAACUAAUAAAAUGCAAGAAUAAUUGAAAACCA